CAAACAUUCAGCCGCCUUCACGACAUAAGAUUGUGUGCUCCAGUUGUGGCUUUAGCAGAUCUGAGGUUUUGUCUCAGAGCUGUUGCCGUUAGUGCUGCCUAUUGCUAUGACUAAUCCAAUCUGUAAGGCACGAAACUGAGCUCAACUAAGGUGGGUGACCAAGAUGCGCUCUCGGUGAUUUAGCGGUCUGACUAUUGGCCAUUGGCUUCGGUUCCUUAUCAGAAAUACGCCUACAAAGUGAGGAAUUCGUUAAUUAGCAUUGAUAUCACGCUGGGGGGAAGAGGCAAACUAAAAAAAAAAACUGAAAAAAGUUAUUAGUAACUUAGUAAAGUGAUUUUAUUUUCUAUAACGAUACCAUGCAAGCAUAUCCCCCUCCUGCAUCGAACUGGGUGACUUGUUGGCUAGAUCUGACUAAGCUUUGCUGCGUAGUCUACGGAUAGCAGUGAUUUCGAAUUAUGUCCUUGUAUGUGCGUUAGUGGAUUGCAGCAGUGGAACCUUGCAAGACCGUACAGACAGAGAACAGGCCGUUUGCUGCAAAAGUCCACCAUCGAAAAUGCCGCUUGGAUAACUGUAACGGGCCUGAACGGUGGCAAUGGUGGAAGUAUUUGGCGUGCUUGUGAGUACUAGUGGCGCCGCCGCCGCCGCCGCCGCCGCUGCUGCUGCCGCCGCAGCUGUUAGUUCAUCUCGUUUUGUAGGUUAGGUAAUGCUUCGAGCACCUCGCGGAAUAUGUGCGUGACAACCCACGACUUGCAGUGGGGAACGAAUAGAUCUUUAAAUGUUGUUUGAAUAGUAACGUAUAACAUUAGAAUAGAAACGGAAGAAUUCUCUGUGAAAAAUAUAGUCCCACGACUGAUGAUCAUUUAAGACAAAGAUGUAAUCUAUAGAAUUAAUCAUAGAACGGUAGUCAAAGAUGGCCAAAUUAAACAAACGAAAAAAAUGCAUUACCUAAUGUAAUAGUGACAAAAGUGCAAACGAGGUCAACGGGAGAACUAUUUGCAACGGAUGUGCAACAAAUAACAUUAGCAAUAAGAGUGCGAGCAAAAUGUGUGCAGUAUCUGAAUACAGCGGCAAAAUGCAUUGGUGAUUUGAUGGAUAUCGGCGAGCUGCAUAACAGAAACUCCUGUAUACAUGCCUGUUCUUUAGACAAAAUCAUACUUUUGAGCAAGGACUACAAAUAGGAUCACGUUGGAAGCAAUAUUAGCGUCAUGUAGCGAAAAAAAAAAAGAAUAGUUCUUCUUGGAAUACAAGGAUCCAUGCCUACUGAAACAGGGAAAACACGGGGUGGUCUAGGCCCAAAACCGGCGGAAUUAUCCGAAGCAAAAUUUAGCAGCAGGCUCGUGUGGGCAAAAUCCCCGCUUUGGACCCAUACGAAAUCGGACGCCGGCGAUUGUACAGGUGCUUUUGUACGCUAGCGCUACGUCAGGGAAAAGGGACCAAAUGCCGUCACAACAAGAAAGCAAAAAGCUGGACGUUGUUUGUACGACCAACGACCAAAUAACAAUAGAAUUUCCUGCAGCGCGAUCUGACCCCGCUGUAAUCUUGGAGUAAGCCAUUGAACAUUAUUGUCGAGACAUAAGGAUGGUGCCAUACAUCAAUCCCCGCCGUUUUAGAUCUGCCAAUACUGUACGACGUGCUGACUCUGGCGCGUAUUGCUUAAAAGUGGGAAUCCAACAGGAUGCAAAGUUGAGCCGAAUGCGGCCUCUAGGGGCGAAAGGAUGGCCUCUUUAAGGGAUCCGAUGCUGAUAUGGGCAACAUUUGGUCCUCGCAGUCUAACCAGAGCGCUCAUCUUAAUAAUUUUAAUGGCUCAUUCGUCACGGACACAGGCGUAAUGCUGGAGCGUGAACCAAGUGCCGAGCAACUCACUCAACUUCGUGAGGAGAACACCUGUCUAAAGAAGACUACGAAUUAUCAAGAAGACACAAUUCGGCAGUUGAAAACCAAGCUAGCCCGAGUUAUUGCUCUGGCAAAGCGUACGGCAUCAUCUGAUGUUCAGACCGUGAGCCAACUUCGUUAUCAUGAGGAUAGUUUACGUCAGUUGCCAAACGGGACCCUAACACCGCAAGCAAUUGGCGGCGGCGGCGGCGGUGGGCGCGAAAGAAAGAUCGUCAGUGCAGCAGGAAUUGGCGGUGGAACAUCAUCGGGCCCAACCAGUUUUCAGGUUGGAGGGGUAGCCCUUUCUGGGGCAGCACCGUUCGCUGGAGGAAACAACCCCCGACCUCAGAGUUCCCUCAUUAUAAGCCGGGCCCGCAGCGCGACACGCGGUCGUAUGGGUGCCGCGAGUGCAACAGCUCGCUCGCGGAGUCGAACAGCUAAUAAUUCUGGCAUUGAUGGGGUCAGUUUGGGUCUGCUCGAGGAAGCUCACAACGAGAUAUGCGCCUUGAAAGCGGAGGUCAAACGGCGUGAAGAAGAAGUUCGCGAAUGGGAGACAGUUGCCCAAAAGUUAAACUGUGAACUCAGUUCAGAGCGAAAACUACGCUCGGAAGCAGAGCAAGAAGUUUCAAGGACCCGAGUUGGUCUCGUCAAAGCGCACAAGGAGAUACAAAUCAAAGAAACCCAGGUUGAGGCUCUUGAGGCUGAGAUGGAAGCCUGCCGGCUGACUCGUGAGAAGGUUGACACGCAGAACGCCAAACUGCUUGAGCUCGAGCAAGCCAUGGCCAAGAAAGAAAGCCAAGAGUCGUUACUGCAGGAGUUGCAGCAACGAAUCGGUGAGCUCGAACGUGAACGUGACAUCGUUGAAGAUUCAAAUCGAAAACUUGUUCGACAAAGUGAAGAGCUCAAGGAGCGCAUGGCCGCACAGGAACAACGGUCAUCUACAGCGGGCGAAGGACUGGCAACUGGCGAUUCAGCGACACACGACUCCAUCGUGCACGCAUCAACCGAUGAGGACCUGGGCGGAAGCGCUCUUCUGCAAGAUAUGCUGCUGCAGUUGCAGGAUAAAUUUGAAAAUCUUGAGCGGCAUAUCGAAAAGGUGGUCGAAGAUGCCCGGAGAAGUAGGUCAAAAUCGUCGAAAAGGCAUAGCAAGGAAUCUAGCAGAGAAUCCCAAGCAAACGGAUCAACAGGUAGAAACCUUGAUAGGGAACGGCGUCGGGAACGCCCGAGUGGACUGAAAGCAAAGUCCGACGGCGUACGAACGGUCAGAGAUCAGAAAGACGGAUUCAGGAGCAAUUCCGAUCCGCGAAACACAUAUGAGCUAAAUGGCAUUUACAGUACAGACAACCCCCGUCCGACUAUGCAAGCUGAUAAUUUGAGACAUCAGCAGCGCCACCAUUAUCAAGAACCUAAGCAAAGGCUUCCAUCCGGAUCAGCUUUGUCAAACGGCUCGAGUGUGCCCUUGCCCAAACCUCGACGGCGAUUAUUAAUCCAACAACAACAGAGUUCCGUUGAGGAGUCAACGAGUUCCUUGCGCGAGGGUCCUGACAACAUGGACCAUCAGGACAAUAGCAUGUUAGGCAAUGCAGGCUUGAAUCACGAUGACAGCGACAGCGGCAGUAGCCGGCUGCAUCCACGUCGAGCUGGUACGGCCGUCGGCUAUCAGAGGGCAGCACUCGUCAAAAACGAGGCGACACAAACCAGUCGAUCAUCCGAGCAGCAGAGUUCGUUCAUGUCGCCCUCCGGCCCCUUUAGCGCACUACAUCAUCAUGGUCCCUCAAGAUUAAAGCAGACGACAAAAAUCCUAUCGAGUGACGAUAGCGUGAGUGAGAUGACGGAGCUAUCGUUAGCGGAUAGCUCUGCACCGCACUUCGAGAUACAUAUUGACAAGGCUCACUUCUCGGUCGCCGAAGGAAUUUCUUUGCUGGCCUUGGCCAAGCGAAACGUGGUCGUCACAUGGGAGCUGGCCGAUUUUGAAGUUCAAUCAACACCAGUCGGGCAUCUGUGUAAAGAGAAUGAAGAGCUCGUGUUCAACUGUACGGCGCGGUACAUCUUGGAAGAAGAGCGACAGUUAGCUGGAGCCAAUCUUCAUUUACAGGUAGUCACCGCCGAUGGAGAGGUGCUUGGCGAGUGCGUCAUCGACGUUAACGAACUUCAGCAGGUGCUGCGAGAACCUAGAAAGAAGCGCGCGCACAGCGCUAAUUUAGGACGGGACAGAGUAGUCGUCGGCACCUUAGAGCUGUGGCUACGAUACAUUCCAAGACCAGACUAGGACCAGGCAGAUGUCGUUGCAGUCAAAAGUCGAAGCGGCUCGAGGGAUCUACGCCGAUUUACGACGACGCCACAGUAGGAUUGAAAGUGGACGCAACGGCAUGACAUAUUAGGACAUAUAGUUGCGUAGCGAGCUGGCUUAGCCCACUAGCGUUGCUCGUGUGGCUUCAGCAACGAGCUUUCGUCACAUAUUACCCUUUUGUCUGCUCUAGACCAGCCGCUGUGCAAAGCGAAUCAAAGCGACGGGCAGAAAUGAAGCGUUAUGCUUGGUCUCCAACUUGGACGGUCGGAUAGACAGGAAACCAGAGAGAAGCCUGCACCAACCAGCGUUCUUUAAACAAUGGUACCGCGCUAUAGACUACGAAGCGAGCAGGCGCCAAUACACCUGCUACCACUUUUGUGUGUGGUCAGAAAAGCAGCACGCUCGAGCAGCCGAGCCCGCCGGGCAAGGAUCACGUCAGGCAUAAUAGAACCAGCGGGAGAUAUCAAACAAUGACGUCGGUUGAAAUGGGUGCCGAAUCACCACGUUGGGUAUGACAGUUACAACAAUGGUAACAGCAGUAGCUGGAGUAUAAUAGGAAGAGUGGAUUAUAAAAUCGAGAACUCUAAUACCAAAGUUUUACAGUGUACAGCAGGCCUCAGCUUCAGGCGAGAACAGCUGCGGAGAGAGAGCUGGUUGGCUUGUUGACGUCUGCGAGUUCCUAGUAGAGAAAAAUUUUUUUGAGUUCUUUUAGGUCUCCGAGGCUACCAUCGGUCAUAGCCCUGCCGCUAUACGGGGGACGUCGAUUCUGUGAAAGUUGACUCGAAGCGCUUUGAUUAAGACCAGCACGUUAACGACGAAGGCGACGGCAAUACAGUGACAACCACGGCGUCUAUCGCAUGAGAUCUUUUCCGCCCAACUGCAUUUUCUGCGGAUCAGAUCUGGCCAACGAUGGUGAGGGGUAUGCCUCCUGCAGUUAACAUGGGGCUAUUUAGAUUUGCUUUUGGAUUAGAGUGAGUAGUAUCAACAACGUAUCGAUCGUAAUAACGUAGUAUUGCUUGGUGCGGAUGCAAGUAUUGCUG